GGUCAAUACUCGCCGGAGUUAGCGGUCGGCCAUGAAUAUUUCCUUCUCGCAUCAUCUCUCUCUCUCUCUAAAAAGCCUAAUUCGCUUUGCCUGAUUUUCAUAACCAUUCUCUCGAUACCAUUAUCAUCAUAAUCUCUUCUAGGGUAGUCAUGAUUGAUCAAGCACAACAUCCAAGUGUAUCCCAGAAGCUAGCUGGGAGUCUUCUUGGAUCUAACAUGAUGCAGUUCCAUGCUUGUGAAACUGGUUUACAGCAGCCACAUCUCUAUCGUAGGCAUUUCGGCAAUGAAAGCCACACAGAUUCUGCCUUUCGAUAUCCGAUGAAGCCAUCAUCUUCGAUAUGCAUUCAAGCCCCAUCAGAAAAAGGUUUUGCAGGAUUUGCCAUUGAUUUCCUUAUGGGUGGAGUAUCUGCAGCCGUAUCAAAAACAGCUGCUGCUCCCAUUGAACGUGUGAAGCUUUUGAUUCAGAAUCAGGAUGAGAUGAUUAAGGCCGGUAGGUUGUCUGAACCAUACAAAGGCAUUGGUGAUUGUUUUGGUAGAACCAUCAAAGAAGAAGGUCUUGUUUCAUUGUGGAGAGGAAACACUGCUAAUGUCAUUCGUUACUUCCCAACCCAGGCCUUGAACUUUGCAUUCAAAGAUUACUUUAAGAGGCUUUUCAACUUCAAGAAAGACAGAGAUGGCUACUGGAAAUGGUUUGCAGGAAACUUGGCAUCUGGAGGUGCAGCUGGUGCUUCUUCCCUGUUUUUCGUUUAUUCGCUUGACUAUGCCAGAACCCGUUUGGCCAAUGAUGCCAAGGCUGCAAAGAAGGGUGGAGGAGGGAGACAGUUUAACGGUUUGAUCGAUGUCUACAAGAAGACACUAGCAACCGAUGGUAUCGCUGGACUUUAUCGUGGGUUUAACAUUUCGUGUGUUGGAAUCAUCGUCUACCGUGGUUUGUACUUUGGAUUGUACGAUUCUUUGAAGCCCGUCAUCCUCGUCGGAGACUUGCAGGAUAGUUUCUUUGCUAGCUUUGCACUUGGUUGGGUGAUCACGAAUGGUGCUGGACUUGCAUCGUACCCAAUCGACACAGUGCGCAGAAGAAUGAUGAUGACAUCUGGGGAGGCGGUGAAAUACAAGAGUUCCAUGGAUGCAUUUACUCAGAUCCUGAAGAACGAAGGCGCAAAGUCUCUGUUCAAGGGUGCGGGUGCCAACAUUCUCCGAGCCAUUGCUGGUGCGGGUGUACUCUCUGGUUACGACAAAUUGCAGCUGCUCAUCUUCGGCAAGAAGUAUGGAUCAGGUGGUGCUUAAGCUUCAACGUUUGAACCCCUUUACGAUGACCAAGAGUUUACAAGAUAUUUUAAAUUUUAUUAUAAUAGUUUUAAUAAAUGCGUGCUUUCU